AAAACGCUAAUGCAAUCAUCCAAUUAAUGCUCAAUGUUUAACUCUGAGUGAGCGUUGUUGUUGUAUGUGUCCAAUAGUAAAUGUCUCAAUAACCCCACAAUAAUACAAACAAAAGCAAAAAAAAAACUAUGGCUAACAACAUGACUUACUAACAAAUUCUAACAACCAACAACAGCAACCGUCAAAAGCGACAGUGAUAGCAACAAAUGAGUUUUUUAUAACCCAGCUGCAAUAGAGAACCAAUGUGAAAAGCUUCAAAAUUUGGGGAAAAGGAUUUUGUUGUUGAGUUUUCCUUUUUUUCUCCAAAAAACGAAAAGAAAAUGUUUACCCAAGUUAUUUACAAAUCAUCUAAAAAUAGUGCCAAACCAAAAUAUGUUGUACCUGAAAAUUGUAAAAUUUGAAAGAAAAUGCUAAACGGAACCAACACAAACAAACAAAAAACAAAAUGAUUUUUAAAUAGUGAAGUCAAAAAGGCAAUUUCCUUUGGAUAAAAAAAAAAAAACAAAAAAAAAAAGAACAAAGCGGAACAGAAACACAGCCAAAAAAAAACGGCAACACAAGCGUAACUAAGCAAAAAAACUUUUAAGCCUCCCAAAAUUCCUCGCCCUCCCACAGCCAAUAGUUGUAGGUAGUACCGAAAACACAUCCCUCUCACCCCCUUGGCGAGAGCACAAAAAAUUUCAAUUUGUGCUCCAUUAGAAACAAAUCCCCUUAAAAGUCCUAACAACAGCAACAACAGCAAACACGAAAGCAAAACGAGUAAAACUCGAAAAAAAGGAUAUUUCACAAAUUGCUUUGAAAACCAUUUGCCUCAAAAAAAGCGAAAAGAGAGAAGAAAAAUCCGACACUCUUACACACACACAGACACAUAGUUGCUAUGGCAGGCCCACAAGUACAACGUCCAGCCAGCGCCUACUAUACUGGCUUAAAUGGCUCAUCAAAUGGCGGCCAAGCCAAUGGUGGUGGUAGUGGUGGCGGCGGGGGUUUAGUGACCAGUACAUCGCAUCACACGGGAUUGCACACCAUACGCACCAUAUCACACGAUAGUGAAUUAAUCUAUCGCGGCAGUACAACAAAUGCCUCGAAUGGUACACACUUGACACAACAACAUGCCAGCAGCAACAACAACAAUGGAACAAGUGGUGGUGGUAUUGGCAGUGGCAGUGCAGGCGGUUUGAUGGUUGCCACCUCCUCUCAGACGUCACUACAUCAACAUCAUCAUCCACAUCAUCCGGAUACAUGUGCGGCCAGUACCAGCCGCUCUGUGAUCCAACAACAACCCGGACCCACCUCAUCAAUAGGCAGCAUAUCUGGUGGUGGUGGGGGUGGUGGCAUUGGUGUCGCCGAUAGUAGUACAAUAAAUAUUGCCUCCAUAGCUGGCACUGGCCAGAAUCCUAGUGAUGCUUUAAUUGUUCCUGUGACAACAGCCCUGACACAAUCCUCACACCAACAACUGCAGCAACAACAUUCCUUUCAAGCUUCCAAUCGUGGCAAACAGCGUAGCAUAGAAAUCAUUGUCGAUGCCUCCAAGUGUGGCGAUCUGAAGAGUGAAGACGACGUGGAACAGGGUAAAUCGAGACGUUCAUCGCGGCAUCGUCAUCGACCGCUGCACCGAAGACUGAUGAGCUAUUUGAAGAGUUUCUUCAAUCGAAGUACCACACAGACGGAUUCUGAACUAGAAGAAUUUGAAACGCCGGCACGUUAUCGGCCCGAUUCACUGGGCGCCUUGAGCCGUGCCACCCGCUUUACAGAGGAUGAAAUCAAGCGAAUUUAUCGCGGUUUUAAGGCUGAAUGUCCCACGGGUGUCGUCAAAGAGGACACCUUCAAACUGAUCUAUGCGCAAUUCUUUCCCCAGGGAGCAAAUCCAACAUUAUAUGCCCAUUAUGUAUUCAAUACACUUGACCAGGACCAUACGGGAAUUGUGAGUUUUGAGGAUUUCGUUCAAGGACUUUCGAUACUGUCGCGUGGUUCCGUCGAGGAGAAAUUACGUUGGACUUUUCAAUUAUAUGACAUCAAUGGCGAUGGCUACAUAACACGGGAAGAAAUGACUGAUAUUGUGACUGCCAUUUAUGAAUUAAUGGGACGUCUGCCCGACGAGCUGCCCGAAGAGGAGAAAAUCAAAGGCAAAGUGGAAAGAAUAUUUCAGAAAAUGGACAUAAAUCGUGAUGGUGUGGUGACACUGGAAGAAUUUCUGGAAGCUUGCCACAAUGACGAAGCCAUCUCAAGAUCAAUGUCAGUCUUUGAUUCUGCAUCCAAGAAGACCAAAACAAUUGUAGAUAAUCGACGUAAGGGAGGAGGAGGAAGCGGCGGAGGAGCACGUUAUGAGGAGAGAAAACAUAAACAAAUGAAAGCUUUGAAAGAACAACGAAAAUAUCAGAAACAUAAGGAAGGGCGGGGAAAGGCAAGCGAGGGUAGCGAAAUGUUAACCAUUACAACGGGACAGAGUCAAGAAAAACUAAAUGACGGCGGUAACGCCUACAUUGAGGGCUAUUACGAGGAAGACGAUGAUGAAGACGAUGCAGAAGAUAACAACACCAGCCUGGUUCCUGAUGAGGUCAGCAGCGAAAGUGAUUUAAGUGAGUCAGAGCAUUCAUUUUGUCGCCAUUGUCUAAGACCCCAAUCUGAUUUGCAAUUAAGAUAUUUGAGACCCCGGCAGCGGAGUAAGCUGAGAAAUGCGCAGCAGGCCAAGCGGGAGCGUAGCAAAUCACGUGGAGGAAAUGGUGGAGGAGGAGGAGGCAGCGGCGGUGGGGGAAGUAGGGGUAAUGGAGGUGGUGGUGGGGGCCGCAGUGGUGGUGGUGGUGACCAUUCGAGAACCCGCAAAAAACGCUCAAAGAGUCGUGCCAAACGUGCCCGCAACAGCAAACAUUAUGCCAGUGGUACUGGCAACAACACCGGCUGCAACAACAGGAAAGAGCAACAACGACAACAACAGCAACUACAACAACAUAAACUGCCAUUAAUACGGGAUCUUAAUGCGGCCAACGAACAGGCCAUACGUUUCCGUUGUCCUCAAGUGGGACCACAAGUGGGACGUGAUCGACAAAUGCCACCAUUGCUACACUUCCAUCAUCCCCAGCAUGUGCAGCAACAACUAACAGCAUAUCAAGUGCAGUACACACUAACCACCCAGCAGCCGCAUAUGACCGAAGCCAAACAACAACAAGCAUAUGCAGCCAGCUGCAAACACUACAGUCCCACAUCGCAACAUACCACACUGACCAUGGAAAGUGAACUGAGGCAUCACCAACACCACUACCACCACCAGCAGCAACAGCAACAGCCAUCACCUCAGUCCCCCCACCAUCUGUCCGAUAAUCAAAAAUCAUCAAAUCAAGUUCCACAACAAACGACAGACUUAACCAAAGAUGUUGUUGUUGUUCUUCCAAGCUCCGAAGGAGCUGUCACCGAGGCGAAUGCCGCCACUGCAUCGGGGGCAACAACAGCAAAAAACUGUUGCUCAACUCAGCCAACAAAUCCCAACUGUCAACAGUCAGUGUCAGCCGUAGUUCCUGGUUCAUGUCGAUGUCAUGCGACAACAACAGCAAUAACAGCGGGUGCAACAAAUCAGCCAACGACCAUUAGACCAACACUACCACAACUGCCAUUAGCCAACACAGAAACCGUUAUUGCUCCGCAGGGUGCUACUCCUAACAAUAACAAUGUCGGCCACAUGGCCAGCUCCGCCAAUGCAGCAGCCAUCACCACCGCCACAGCCACCACCACCAAUAAUAUCAACAAUCCGACUGCAGAUGAAACAGCUAUCCACACGGCGACUUUGGAGCCGGGACAUGCAACAGCGGCCACCACCCCGGAAUCGCCGUCAUUGGUCAAAGUGAGCACUUGGUAUACGGUUGCUAAGCAAGGUGUCUCUUGCUAAUAUUUUCCUUUAAAUUGUUCGCCAAUUUUCAUAUCACAAACAUGUCAGUAACAGCAGCA